GAGAGGGAGCCAGGGUGGACGACAGGACCGACUGGCCACCACGAGGGGACAAGGACCUUCUAUCUGGUGGAAAGCCAUCCUCAGCUGCGAGGCAGGCUGUGAGAGUCCCAUCUAAGGAAGGCAACCCAGCCUGCACUACAGAUCCUGACCUCCUUCAGCAUCCCACAGAGAUCGCUCCCUGUGCAGUGUGGGGGCAUCCACCCUGAGAUUCAAGGUUGCCCACGUGGAGAAGCCACCUGUAGCUCAGAAAGAUGGGGGAAAUGGAACAGAUGAAGCAGGAGGCUGAGCAGCUGAAGAAGCAGAUUGCGGAUGCCCGGAAAGCUUGUGCAGACACAACACUUGCUCAGAUUGUGUCUGGAGUGGAGGUUGUUGGCCGCAUUCAGAUGCGGACCCGAAGGACUCUGCGUGGGCACUUGGCUAAGAUCUAUGCCAUGCACUGGUCGACAGACUCCAAACUUCUGGUCAGUGCCUCACAAGAUGGGAAACUGAUUGUGUGGGACACAUACACAACUAACAAGGUUCAUGCCAUCCCUUUGCGUUCCUCCUGGGUCAUGACCUGUGCCUACGCACCCUCAGGCAAUUUUGUGGCCUGUGGGGGCCUCGACAACAUGUGCUCCAUCUACAACCUCAAGACGCGUGAAGGCAACGUCAAAGUGAGCAGGGAACUCUCAGCUCAUACAGGUUACCUCUCCUGCUGCCGAUUUCUUGAUGACAACAGUAUUGUGACUAGCUCUGGAGAUACCACGUGUGCGCUCUGGGACAUUGAGACAGGGCAGCAGAAGACCGUGUUCCUGGGUCACACUGGAGACUGUAUGAGCUUGGCAGUUUCCCCAGACUUUAAACUGUUCAUCUCUGGGGCCUGUGAUGCCACUGCCAAACUGUGGGACGUGCGGGAGGGCACCUGCCGCCAGACAUUCUCAGGGCACGAGUCUGAUAUCAAUGCCAUCUGCUUCUUCCCUAACGGCGAAGCCAUCUGCACAGGCUCAGAUGAUGCUACAUGCAGGCUUUUUGAUCUUCGGGCUGAUCAGGAACUUAUGGUUUAUUCACAUGAUAACAUCAUCUGUGGCAUCACCUCUGUAGCAUUUUCCAAGAGCGGACGUCUCCUCCUAGCUGGUUACGAUGACUUCAACUGCAAUAUCUGGGAUUCCCUGAAAGCAGAACGUGUGGGAAUCCUUUCUGGCCAUGACAACAGAGUGAGCUGCUUGGGGGUUACAGCAGAUGGCAUGGCUGUUGCCACAGGGUCCUGGGACAGCUUCCUCAAGAUCUGGAACUAAGGACAGCAGAUGAGAGGGAAAGAACAGCGGAAGCAUGGCCCACGGCGACAGCAUCACCAGCCAAGCACAAUGGAAACACCCACUUAUCACUCUCACUUUUCUCUACAUGCAGGUUGCUUACAGGGGUCUCCUAGAGUGAAAGGGGAAGGAGGGGGAGUACACACUCUGUUCUCUCUACCUCUAAGCAAGCCCAGCUUCUUGCAGGCUUGAAGACCUGCAGAACACAGCAGUUAUACCUCUGGACUUUAUAGUACAGUUCAAAGUCCUAUAUCUACUUUUGGUAUCCAGCCCUUGGAUGACCCUUCAUUCAGUACCUCUGUCUUUAUACCUAGCUUCUAUGUGGCUGUCAUAUUCCUGCAGGCAGCCUCAGAGAUUGGCUUGAGAUUUAUAACCUGCAACCCCUGUCAAGCAGGUAGCGUAAAUUGGGCUCAUUUUCUACUGGGGAAAACUUAGCUCGAGUCUUAUCUAUGGAUAAAUGGGGGGAAAAGAUAGCCCUCAAACCUUCCAGAAUGCCCGAGAAUGUUUUAUUUCUUCUUAUUUAUUGUUUGCUUCUUGCUGUUCCUUCUCUUUCUGCCUCGUUCCUAUAUUGUGCAGUGACCCUGUCUAACCAGUAGCCAUCAGCCACCGCUUUCAUGUCUGUUCUAGGUCUUCAUAGUCCAGGCAAAUAAAGAAAGCUGACAUAAGCACCA